UUCAUUUAGUAUAAAUUUUCCGACAGCACAUUUCAGUAUUUCUAUUUAAUUUCCAUUACAAAAUUUAUCAAAAAUGGCGCAAAAUUUUCUGUACAUGUUCGAAUUUGUGGUCGAUGACCUAUUAAUAACGCGACCGAACUGUUGCGCUCCAGAGGAGUACCCAACAUGUUGCGAAAUUUCAUUUCGGUCUAGCGUUUUCGUUAACAUUUGUGAUCGCGAAUUUGGUCAAUGCGUAGAUAUGUGUGCACCAAAACUUGGUAAAUGUUGUCUAUUUUCUUUGGAAUCUCCCGUUACUGACAAGGAUCGACUAUUAAUCCAUAUAUAUAAGAAAAAGACAGAGAAAUGCAAAUUUUUAAUUGGUGCAACAGAUUUGGCAAUAAAGACGCUCUUCGAUAAGGUUACUGAGAAUUUCAAUAUUGAUAACCCGAAUUGGGAAGAGUCGCUAAAACAUACAGAGCCAAUGCCAGAUUUCAAAAAAGGCAAAGGAAAUGAUGGAGGAGAGGAAAACGGUGGUGGUGGUAAACCUCGAAGUUCUAAUGUUGUUGAUAAUGAUUGUGAAGAUGAAGAUAUGGGUAGACGUGAACAAUUUUGUCCGGCCUCGGAACUUACAAAACGCUUGUUACCACUUUUUAAUAUGAAAGGUGCACAAACAGGAAAUAUUGUUUUGAUAAUGCGUUUGGUAUGUAACGGUCCCGCAAUUGUAUCCAGUUUUCCUUUCUCUCGAUUUUGCUCUAAACCAUGCGAUCCAUGUAAGAAACCACCGAAGAGUGCUAAAAACUGCAAAGAACCACCACCAAAUCCCCUUGAUGCAAUAUGUAAGAAGCCUGAGAAAAAAGCACCACCAGUUCGCAGAUAUUUUGGUUGUAAUGCUGAAAAAGGUUGUCCAUUUGACGAGUGUGAAGACUAUUGCGAUCGUGGUGAAAUAGAGUGUCCGAAACCAUGUACUCCUAAAAAACAGAAAGCAGCUCCCUGUAAUGUGCCAAGUAGUUCUUCAGGAUGCUCUGACCAAUGCCCACAAGCUUGUCCACAACAACGACCAAAAGGUCGCCAAACAUCUUGUUGCCCAGAGGAAGAUACUCAAGCAUGCACUUGCUGCUGUACCUGUGAUGAGUGCUUAGAUGAGUGUGAAGCAGGAGGAGAAGAGGAGGAAAGUAGUGAGUCUGAUCCGUGCUUACCAAAGCCGAAAUGUCCAAAACCAAAGCCUAAGCCUAAAUGUACAUGUAUAAAACCGUGCUUUAUAAAUCCUACUAAGCCAGAUCCCGGUCCUGAAGCAUAUGAUGAAUUUGAAGCUUGUCUUAACGGCAGUGGUCUUACCAUUCGUGUACUCAAGGACACACAUCAGGUUGAAAGUGUAAAUGAUGGUGAGGAUGAAGGGUUAGAUGAUAGUGGUAGUGAAUGUGAUAAACCAAAGAGUUCAAGUAAUUGUGAUCUAAACCAACUUUUACAAAAAAGUUCAUUUGCAAGAAAAUAUGUUAAGCGUCGUACUGGCGGAUUCAUUCAUAACAACCCGAAAAUUCCAAAAAUUCGUGCCAAUAUACGUUAUGCUGGUGAUGAUUUCUGUUGUCCUGGUGAUUAUCAUGUACCCUGCACAAAAAUAAAGGAAAUUUGUGACAAUCGUGACAAUAAAGUUGAACAAUAUCGUAAAAAUACUGGUGAUAAUUGUCCAACAAUACCAGCACUUAAACCAACCGAUACACGCAAUUGUUGUUUACAAGUAAAUCCACAGGAAAUACAAAAAACAUUAAAGGGUAUAAACUAUGAUGUCAAUAAAAAAGGAAUUGAGGUUUGUUACAAGACAUGCGAAGAUACCGAUAGUGAUGUUUUCUUAGUCAAACUUGGUAGUAAGCAAAAAAGUCGUAAUAAAAAGAAUACCAUUGAAAUUGAAUUGAAGACUCCAAAGCAACCAUUUGUAAUGCCCGUUCGUACCGUCACAACAGAGACUCAAAUACGUGAAGCUGAACUCGAUGCCGAAUUAAAGGGAGUUUGUGGUAAGAAGAAGAAGGGAAAGAAGGGCAAGAAGAAGAAGAAGAAGUAAACGAUAAUAUUUGUAAAAUUCUUGGUUGUUGCUC